AAAAGAUCAUUUGAUUCAGUAAGGGGGAAAAAAAUGGGUGGGAAAAUGUUGAGAUUAAGAUUAGCCAUCAUUGCUCCUCUCUUCCUUCUUGUCGCCUUUGUUGGUGCCGCCAUUGCCGAUUUCAACUACGACGCCUAUUCAUAUCCUAAGGUGUUCGAUGUCCGUCGCUACGGAGCAAAGCCCGACGGCAAGUCAGACUCCAGCGAGGCAUUUUUGGCUGCGUGGAACGACGCUUGUCAGUACGAAGGGAAGGCGAGGGUGGUGGUGCCGCCAGGGGAGUACGUGACGGACACGAUCCUGUUUUUGGGCCCUUGCAAAGGGUCGAUGGGGUUCAUAAUGAAAGGGCGGCUGACGCCGCCGGACAGGCUGAGCCACUCCGAUGAGUGGAUCACGUUUAGGUAUGUCAACGGGUUGUUGGUCUCCGGCCAUGGCACGUUCGACGGCAAGGGUUACGUUGCUCCCACUCCCAAACCUCCGGCCAUUUCGCUGCGGUUCGAGUUCAUAAACGACGCCGUGAUCAGCCACAUCCGCUCCCUCAACAGCCGCAACGCCCACUUCCAGCUCUUCGGCAGCAAUAAAAUCCGCAUGCACAACCUCCUCAUCCGCGCCCCGGGCAACAGCCCCAACACCGACGGCAUCAAGAUCGGCGCCUCCACCGACGUCCACGUCACCAACUCCGUCAUCGGCACCGGCGACGACUGCAUCUCCAUCCUGGGGAAAAGCUCCGACAUCUACGUGUCCCAGGUCCUCUGCGGGCCCGGACACGGCAUCAGCGUCGGGAGCAUGGGGUUCUACGACAACAACGCGGAAAACGACGUCGUCACGGACGUCACGGUCACGGACUGCACCUUCCGCGGGACUUCUGACGGCGUCAGGAUCAAGACCUGGGCCACGGCUAACGCCGGCCUGGUCCGUAACUUGACGUUUAGUAACAUCCAUCUCGAUAGCGUGGAUAAUCCCAUUGUGAUUGAUCAGGAAUAUUGCCCUUACCCUCCUUGCAAGCAGGUGCCGUCGCGUAUUCGAAUCGAGGAUGUGACGUACGACAACGUUUGGGGGACGUCGAGGACGGCGGUGGCGGUGAAGCUGAACUGCAGCAAGAUGUACGGGUGCAAGGGUUUGGUGUUGAGGGACAUAAACAUGGUUCAGAAGAAUGGGCUCGAUGCGGUGUCGUUUUGCUCUCACGCCGUCGGCGCGACUCACGGUGUGCAGAAACCGUCGCCUUGCUUGUAG